CGGAACUCAGCUCAAGCUGUGUAUUCCCUUGUUUGUUCCCAACUUUGUUGAAGCACAAUGGCAAAGGACAGCAAUGUGCAGGCUUUCAUGGUGGACUUCCUGUUGGGUGGAGUGUCCGGUGCUGUUUCAAAGACAUUGACAGCACCAAUUGAGCGAGUGAAAUUGGUGGUGCAGACUCAGGAUGCAAAUCCAAAGAUCCGCAGUGGAGAAGUUCCCCGUUACACCGGUAUGGUUGAUUGUGCCCAGAGAAUCCUGAAGGAACAGGGUCUGUACCGCUUUUGGGAUGGCAACUUCACAAACUGCCUGCGCUACUUCCCCACCCAGGCCUUCAACCUCGCUUUCAAGGACACCUUCAAGAAGAUGUUCCCAAAAUACAACCCCAAGACGGAAUUUUGGAAGUUCUUUGGUGCCAACUUGGUGUCUGGCGGUUUGGCAGCAGCAGCAAGCAUGACCAUUGUGUACCCAUUGGACUAUGCCCGGACGCGCUUGGCUUCGGACGUGGGUUCUGGAAAGGCUACAUUCAGUGGAUUGGGUGACUGCAUCAUGAAGACUGCCAAGGGACCAGGUGGAUUCUUUGCUCUGUACACAGGUUUCGGUGUUUCAGUCUGCGGCAUCAUUGGAUACCGCGGCCUGCAGUUGGGCACUUUCGACACCAUCACGGGCUUGAAUCCUUGGAAGAAGGACCCUGGUUUCCUGGGAGCCCUGACCACUUUCGGAGCAGCCCAGACCGCCAUUACCAUCGGAGCAGGUGCCACAUAUCCAUUCGACACGGUGCGAAGACGACUGCAGAUGCAGUCAGAGAAGCCAGUGGAAGAACACAUCUACAAAGGCACCGUGGACUGUUUCAAGAAGAUUGCUGCUGAGGAGGGACUGAUGAGGGGUCUCUACAAGGGAUUUUUGGCCAAUGUUGUACGAAGUGUUGGAGGAGCAUUGGUGCUCGUCGGAGGCUGAGAUUUGUGUUUUGUCCCGGUUUUGAAGGCGCAAGUCAUGCCCAAGCGGUACAGAUUUUGCAACUUUGUUUGAUUUCCCAUUCAUAAACUAUCUCUAUCGAUAUCCUUUAAAGAUUUAAUAAUAUCAUUUAAUAUCACAUCUAUCAAUAUCUAUAAAUAUCUAUCAAUAUCUAUCAAUUGUUUAACUGUAUCAAGCAUUAGUGGUGCCGACCGUGUGGGUUUUAUUUCUCAGGUUCUUUACGAUCGGGCAAAGAUGUACCUUGCAUUGUAGAGGCUGUCAUGGAGUCAAAGAUCCUGAAUGGACAGGCUGAUGUGCACAGUCGUUGAUCGCUUUGUUCCGAUGAAAAA